AUGGGCGCCAAAGUCACAAGCACACAGAAGGUCCAGGGCGACGCAGGCCAGCCCCAUGCCGAAUUUGACCUGGGCCCGUUGCCCCCUCAACCGGAUGUUGCGCUGACAAGCACGCUCAGCUGCGAGGUCCUCAACACGACAAAGGGGCUUUUGCGAGGAUGCUGGGGAAAGUUCACUGCAGACGCCUUCUACAGACACUUCCCUGGAGUGGAUGCGAUGAAAACCAUCCGCCACAUCAUCCUGCACGUCUUCGACAUCACAAAAUAUGCGGUGCGGGAAGGUGAGGAGAUUGAGGACGUGGAGUUGCUCGGCGAGGGCAGCUUCUCCAAAGUUUAUGGGCUCGGCGCGAUUGCCGCGAAGGUCAUCAGUGACAGUGAACGACCUUGGGUACAUAGGGCAGCAGUCCAAAACGGACUUCUUGCCGACCGACACGGCUAUGGCCCUGCAAUUUUUGGGCAUGGUCGUGUGCAGCAAGACAUGGGGGGACAUUUUAGAGGCACGCUGGUUUUCAUGGAGAGACUCUAUCCUGCUGGCGAGGACUGGUCGGACGCAGACACAGACGACAUCUUAAAGGCAGUUCAACUUGUCGCCAAAGAUGCGUUUCACAACGACCUCAAGAUGCCCAACAUUCUUCGGAGAAGAGGGCGGCCUCUUCUGAUUGACUUCGACCUGUUAUCGCCUUGGUCCGUGAAGGUGGCCGUCACAUCAAGCUGCAUCGAACACGAUUUCCAGCCAGUUCUUGCGCCAGCAGGAGAGAGAUGCACCCAAUGCUUUCGGGAGUACUACGACCUCUUUGCCUUCACGCUUACGCUUCAGGAUUCCGCCUUGUACAGACACCUGCUCGACCGCCUACUGGUUCUAUGGAGGCAGCUUGAGGAGCCCGUGCUGCGGCCACUGCUUGCCACAAUUGGCGUGGAGAAGCUGAGCGAGAUGCCUUUCGAGGUUUUUUCUUAUUGCAGUUUGCAACGUCCGUUUACAUCCCUCUGCCGGCUGGGCCCCGCCGGCUGCUGCUUCUCGCCCUGUCGAAGCGAUCUGUUCAUUCCACCCCCCUUCUUCUCAACCUUUUGA